AUGAUUCCAAACGCUGAGACAAAUGUUUUUCAAAUACCAACUCUUUGGUUGUCUUCGCGCAACACAUCCAACAAGUGGUUGACAUUUAUUUCAGACAUUACAAUGUCUGAGACAAUAGUCAUGAGAGAUCUGAUUGAAUUGUCGCUCGAAGACAAUAAAAAACUUCGCAAAGAGUUUUUUAAUAAAACGUAUCACUCGUUGAAAAACAUGGAAAAUGUGGACACAAUCAAAAUCAUCGCUAAAUCAGCAAUGUCUGAGACAAUUGUGAUCAACGAUCUGUUGGAUGAGUUGCGCGAAUUUUGGCAACUCUUAAGACACAAAUUACCGCAUCUGAUCUCCGGCGUCGACACGAAGAAACACCGGAGACCACUGCUGGCCCGCGAUAUGAAUGACAUCACAAAUGGUCAUACUUUUACCGCCGGUAAUCAUAUGAUGGCCACCGAUGCUAUCAAAACUACUAGCGAUAUCAUUGAACCCAAUGUCGAGUCCAUUGACUUGAUUCUCAACGAAAGUGUUAAACAAAACACUUAUCCAAUAGUUUCCGCAAAUAAGACACAAACAAUGGCCGAACCGCGCGGUGACAGCCGUGAAGAACUCGAAACGGUAUCUCAAGACCAGCCAAUACGGCCGAAGACACCACCGAUGCUCAGUCUGUUUCGCCGCGUUCUCAACGACCAAACGGGUGAACUCGAGUCGAUCACCACCGCUGACGCCGAGAUCAUUGUCGCCGAACCCGAUAUCGCAUUCAUUCUCAUGAAUGGCGCCCAAAGUGUGGAUCCAAUAGUUUCCGACAGUGGCGAUGAACACUAUAAUCAUGGAUUGGCCACCGAUUACGACGACGACAUUGAACCCAAUCUCGUCAUUGACUUAAAUGAUACCCAAAGUGUUGACCAAAGCGAUGAUUUAAAUGUUUUCGCUUUACGGCGUCGGGCGGCUACUGAUGUGACCAACACUUAUCAGACAAGUCAUGUCCAAGUAAUUGACAUUAAGAACUUGACGACGGAUACCGCAACUCUGGACGGGAUCAAGUGUCCCGACUGUGGCAAAGACUUUACUAACAAAUAUGUGAUGCGUUCGCACUAUAAGUAUCAACACUCGCCGGUUGGCCGCCAGCGAGUGUAUGCCUGCCAUUGGCCCGGAUGUGACAUUAAGACCAAACGUAAGAGCAAUUUAAAAGUGCACCAAUUGGUCCACAGCGAGGACAGGCCCUACCCGUGCGAAUGGCCCGGUUGUGACUUUAAGGCCAAAUUUAAGAGCAAAUUAAACCGGCACCAAUUGGUCCACAGCUCGGACAGGCUGUACGCGUGCGAAUGGCCCGGUUGUGACUAUAGGGGCAAACGUAAAGACGUGGUUCAAAAACAUAAGCGCAAACACAGCAUCGAUAAAGCUUGUGCCUGA